AUGUCAACAUAAGAUAACAAGCAAUAAAUCGAAAAGCAAGUUGAUAAAUUCACUAACGCUUUGGUCCCCGUUGCUAAAGAAUUCACUGCAGGAUCCGUUUUUGGCUUUUGUGCUGGUUAUUUCAGCAGAAAUGCUGUUAAAUAUGCUGCUUUCGUUACCGGAGGUGCUUUUAUCUUCCUUUAAAUUCUUUCUCAUAAGGGUUACAUCACCAUGAAUAUGGAUAAAAUAGAAGAAGACCUUAAGAAUGCUGCUGAUUUGGACGGUGAUGGCAAACUCACCACCAACGAUGCUAAGGUUGGCUUGAAAAAGUUACUUUCUAUUAUUGGCGAUAAAGUCCCUAACGCUGCUGGUUUUGUUGCUGCCUACUUCCUUGGUUUGAGCGGUAAGCUCUUGUGA